AUGAGAAUCAUUAAAUAUUUACUGACAGAAACAACUUAUUUUCAAGAUCAUAUACAGGCGUAUUGGAUGAAAGGUGGCUGCAUCGAAUUAAUCAAAUUACUACCAAAAAAAGUAAUAACAAAUAAUUAUUACUUUUUAUUACAAUACCAUUAUACUUCAAUCCUUGAAUGGGCUACAUCAUUUAUAAACGAUAUUGAUCUAAUUAAAAUUAAUGCAGCAAACAAUAACAUUUCUUAUCUUUUGGAUGAACGAACAGAAAUAGAUGAUAUUGAUUCUCUUGGUGAUGAUGAAAAGUUGUUUGUUCACCAUUGCGUGGAAACUUUGUUAAUUAAGCUAUAUUCGACAUCAGAUUUACAAAAAAUUGGAAAAUUCAUAAAAACAGCUGCUAAAUAUGAUGUUGGAUUAUUUUUAGAAGAAUGCUUAAAAUAUCAGGAUAUGAUCAUUCAAGAAAAUAUUCAAGAAAAUUAUGAGGAAAUAAAUAAUAUUUUGGUCGAAAGUCUCAAAAUUACUAUAGACAGAAAGAAUAAAUAUUGCUUUGAUAUUCUCAUUAAAAACAAUAUAGAUCAAUUUUACAAAGAUAAUCAAAAAGAAACACUUUAUGAUCUUGCAUAUCAAAAUAUAUUUUAUACUGCAUUUGACACCUUAGUUUCCAGAAAUCUUCCAACACAUUUCCAUCCAGAAAAAUAUUCAAAUAUGAAUUCUUUUUUCAAAAAAGUUCUAAUCAAAAAUCACUAUCCUGUCGAGAAGAUAAUCGAUUAUUAUGAUGAAUACGAUUAUUAUGAUGAAUACGAUUUUUAUGAUUAUGAAUAUCAAAAUCAAGAUGAAGAUGAAGAUCAAUGA